AUGGUCCUGUCCAGGGCUAAUUUCCAACAUGGCGUCAUCGUGGCAGUGGACUCUCGGGCCACAACUGGCACCUACAUCGCCUCCCAGACAGUGAAGAAGGUGAUAGAGUUCAACCCCUACCUCACCAUGGUUGGAGGUGCAGCUGACUGCAGCUUCAGGGAGCGCUUCUGUCGUGUCUACGAGCUCCGCAACAAGGAGGGCAUCUCUGUGGGAGCUGCCUCCAAGCUUCUGGCUAACAUGGUUUACCAGUACAAAGGCAGGGGCCUCAGCAUGGGAACCAUGGUGUGUGGCUGGGACAAGAGAGGGCCAGGGCUGUACUACGUGGACUCGGAGGGGAACCGUGUGUGUGGGGACCUAUUUGCGGUGGGCUCUGGCUCCAGGUAUGCGUAUGGAGCGGUGGACAGCGGGCUGAGACAGGGUAUGUCUGUAGAGGAGGCGUGCGAGCUGGUCCGCAGAGCCAUCUACCAGGCCACGUACUGAGAUGCUGAUAGCGGAGGACAGGUCAACCUGAACCAGGAAGACAUAUUGAAGCUGCACCACCAAUAGCAGGAACAGAACAUAUAGAGAGGGGAAGGAGGGAUGGAUGAAGAAUUGUAAAAAUCAGGGAAGGUUGAUAAUGAUAUAGCGGCAAUGUUUUUUUUUCGUUUGGAUUCAUUUCACGAACAGUUUGCUGCAGUUCCCACACACAACGUGUUUCAUAAAGGGGGUGCCGUUUUCUAGUGAAGAGGCUGAUGAGUCAAAUCCGUCUCACUCAGUGUAGGAAUAGUCUGCAUCUCUUACAAUGUUACAGAUCUACAUUCUAACAAAAACUGGAAAAGCAAAUCUUUUCUCAA